CGCAAAUAAUACCUGUUUUAAGAUGUUUUAAAAAUCACGUUUCUAUACAUGAUUUUGAUUUUACAGUUAGUUACGAAUAUUUCUUUUUCCAGACACCACCCUGAAAGCUGUAAAACUGGUUGAAAACUUUAGAGUUGCCAGAAUCGCCGCCAGAAACACAAAUGGCAGCGGUGCCGGCCAUCCGAAAAAGUACACAAAACGCGAUUCGAAAGAACAUAAGAACGGCUAUGAGUUGGUGAAACUGAAGAACACGUCGAAUCGUGUGUCUGAUGGCACCGACGCCGAGUCCAGUAUUGACCUACGCCGUGAGGACACAUGCGCUGAACCAGGCUCGUCGGAACAGACUCAGCUGUCCUCGACCACUCAGAACCAGGUCACCGGUGGCAGCAGGCGGAAUGUUGUUAACUGUCGUCCUGUGGCGGUCGUUGGCGAUCAGUACGAAUCGAACAGUUUCGUGCCGAGUCCAAUGAAAGAGACGUACGAGCGGCCGCCGACGCCCAUUGCGGUCAUCUACCACGACGAUUCAGAAAUUGGACAAGAACAAAGGCCGCUGGUUCGUGAUCUGGCUAAGCCGGAAGAGAAGAAAGCGCAGCUAGCUUACUACCGACCAGGCGCCGACAAGGUCGCGGCGUACAACGAUGAAUGACA